AUGAUGGAAGUCCAGACCCCCCCACAGUUUGAUUUGGCCAACAACGCCUUUGUUGGCCUCAACCCCAACAUGCAACAACCUGAGAAGUGGGCGUCGAUGCAAAGUACAGCUUUCGGCAUCCCCCCCACUCUGCUUACCUCAGCUUCCAUCGAGCGAUAUGGCCACGUUACCCCGCCAGAAGAGCUUUCGCCCGCUGACCCGCAUCAGGACGCGAGGGAAAGCUCCAUUCUUGUGGAACAGUCGAGGAAUGAGGCGCUCUGGCCCAAGCAGCACCUACAAUCACAGUCAUCAACGCACCAGGACAGAAAGCCAGCUCCAAAGCGCCGCCGUACCAACCGACAGCCAGCUGCCAAUCGAAGUCAAGCAAACAACGGUAUCCCGCCUCAGCAGGACAUGGUUGAGGCAUAUGCCGCCGAGGGCUUUCCCUCUCAGGUCUCUUCCACUCGCCAAUUCCACCUAGAAAAGAACCGUGUUGCUGCGCAGAAAUGCCGACAUCGCAAGAGGCAGUACAUCAAUGGCCUCGAAAGUCGCGCCCGAGAGUUCUCCUCGAAAAACGAAGCGCUCAAGGAGAACGUAGCCAUGCUGCGCGAGGAAGUGCUCGGCCUCAAGAACGAGGUUUUACGUCACGCUGGUUGUGGUUUCUGGGCGGUUGACGAAUACCUUGCCCGAUGCGCGAGUAACCUACUAGGAAUGGAAGCUUCACUGCGCACACCUACAACGCGGCAUCCGAGCCACCGCAGCCCUGCAGUGAACACCAACCAGCUCAUGCAUCAGCGACACAAUAGCACCGAUACGAUAUCGAGCCAGCCGACGGUUGCCUCAAACCCCGACGAAGACGAGUUCGGCGGCCCUGAGUUCCUUCGAGACUUCGAGGACGUGGAUAUGGAAGACUAG